AUGUCGAAAGCAGAUCACAGAGUAGAACUCUUCGAUGGUGCCCCAGUAUGGAAGCCAAACUACUUAUUUGUGGAGGCACCAAAAGAGUUUUGCGUGGCGUGGGAUCACCGUGAAACCCAUGAACUAGGUGUCAUAGCAGAUACUUGGACCAGUGCUGACAAACAGAAAAUCAAAAAGUACAGAGCUGAUAUUAAUGCUCUGGAAUCUUUCGAGACCAUCCUCAGUUACACCAAAGUCAUGUCAUCGAGCAAAGAUACCGUUGGAUUGUCUGGUAACGCCCAGAUUUUAGAAAUUAAAAAUUCAGAUGAUGAGGGGUCGUCGAACAAAGUGACCAAGAAGAGGAAACUAAGAAGACUUGUAAAGGCGUCUGACGCAGGCGUAAAGUCCAAGAAGAAAAAGCCACCCACCGUCGAGGAGAUGGAAAAGCUAACCAAGGAGGAAGCCCUGGUCGAGAAGGAGGGGAGAAUUGACGACGCGGUCGAUCCUUCAAAAACUGCCCCCUCUACAGCCAAGGAAACAGAGGGGAACCCAAUUCCCGAGGCCAUUCCUGUAAUAGAGCGGCACCCAGAGUGGUUUAGACCACUCGAGGCUUCGCUGGAGAAGAAGAACACUGUCGAAGACACUGAUGGGUCGUCGACAUACACAGGUGCCGCCACCAUAUAUCAUUUUGGGGACACUAGGAUCGAGUGUCCCAUCAUUGAGGAAGUUGCAGCGACCUUGACGGAAGAGGAAUCGCUGAAAAUGUUGACUACCGCGAUGGCCAGCAUUCUUAUGCGAGAGAAGAAAUUAAAACAAGAGAUUGCCAGUUUGCAACUCGAAAAGGGGCUCCUCGAGCAAGAGAAGUUAGCACUUGAGGAGUCGAGAAAGGAGGAGCAGGCCAUGAGGCUUGCCAAAGAGGAGGAGUUAGCCACGAUUCAGGCCAUGUACAGGGAGAGCGAGGCCAAACUGACAGAAUAUAGAGACAACGAUGCCAAGGUGCUGGGGGGACAUGGUGUAGCUGUGGCCGCUCUCGAGAGGAUGGAGAGUGGAAGGACUAUCAAUGCUGGAUGGCUUCAGCAAUUCAUAAGGCCGCAUCCUAAGAAGACUCUCCAUGAGGCCAUAAAGAACGGAUUGCAUCAGCUCUCUGGUGGUCAACUCCCACUGUUUGGGCCAUUAUGCAAUGUCGUUGCUCAGAUGGGUUCAUCUACAGAUAUUGCUUCUUUUGAAGGAGAUGCCCUUACAGUGCUCCCAGCUGAUGCUGGAGAAGAGGUACGCGUGCCGGAGCUGGCGCCGGAUUUCAUCGGUGUUGAUGUGGAAUGGGAAGAGGAUUCCUCUAAGCAAGUCAAGGGGGACGGGCAGAAUGACCAGGAGUCAAAAAAGGAAGGGACGUCGGCUCCCACCCCCGUCGAGGAGACAAACGAAAGCCAGCCAAGCCAGCCUCCCGGUCAAAAUGACGAUGCGUACUUCAUUCAUCUUGUACGUCUAUUGAUCCUCGAGGAAGACGAGGUUGCCAGGUUCCCCAUGUAUGCGAUGAUUUCUUCAAUGUUGAGGAAAUUUGGGGAUGUUCACAACACUGACAUAGUGAAAGCCCUCGAGAAAGAGCUUACUGAUGCUGUCAAUGCACUUAACCUUCGAGCACACUCCCGCUUGGUGCACUGCUUUAGCCAACAAGAGGGAGAGUGGAAGCGUCGACUCCACCAAUAUGACUUGGACUUUCAUGAUUCCUUGCCUUUGGAAGCCAACAUUAACGAGGAGAUGGAGAAGCUAAAGAAGGAAAAUGCUCGACUGAGGAAGCGCGAGAAUAUUGUUGUGUCCCCAUGGUUCCUCGAAAAGUUCGACACGCUUGCUCUAGUCGAGGCAAAGAUAAAGGUUCGUACAGAAUGCUUUAUCGCUGCAAUUGACCUCCUAAAGAAGACGACCAAAGAGGUGGAGUUCUACUCGAAGCAGGCUACCGUUCUGCAGAACAUACUGGUGGACAGCGAGAUUUCCUUACCCAUUCUCGAGGACCUUGAUCCGGAUGAUGAAGCGAAGGAAAGGGCAGCCGCUGAGGAGUAUCUUCUUAGAAUCAACGACUAA